GCGGACGGAAGCACAUGCGCUUCUCUGUCCGUCACUUAUGUUCAAAAUAGGAGAUUUAUCGUAUUCUCUUAUAGUAGAACAAAAACUUAAACAAUACAAUUAAGUGAAGUGUAGAUGCAGCUUAUGUUUUUUUCUUCCCCUAAAUGGCAGUGAAGAAGAGAUUGGUGGGAAUCUCCCUGUUUUUUAGCUUGUUUGAACUUGGUGUAAAUAUGGAACUGGGACAAAUGAGAGCGUGACAUGGAGCAGUCGACCACCCUCGACAUAGAGUCGCUGAAGAUUACCCAGGAGCAGUUUAUCCUCGCGUCCCAGUCCCUCCAUCUCCAGCGACCGGGCUAUGAUGCUGUCUACCCAGUGGGCCUUUAUGGUUGGAGGAAACGAUGCCUCUAUUUCUUUCUGCUGCUGCUCCUGGUCACCAUGAUAGUUAACCUGGCCCUCACAGUGUGGAUCAUAAAAGUCAUGAAUUUCUCUAUGGAUGGAAUGGGAAACCUCCAUUUGAACCAGGAUGGGAUUCACCUGGAAGGAAUCUCUGAGUUUCUCCUGCCACUCUAUGUGAAAGAGAUCCAGUCCAGACAGCAGGAAAACUUGUUGGUCUUACGUUCAGAAAAGAAUGUGACACUAAACGCCAGAGACAGCCAAGGUCAGCUGACCGGUCAGCUCACAGUGGGACCUGAGGCUGUGGAAGCUCAGUGUCAGAAGCUGGAGGUGCGAAGUAGGGAUGGAGGCAGACUGCUGUUCACUGCGGAUGAGGAGGAAGUCAUCAUGACCACAGAAAAGUUCACUGUCACAGGCUCCGAAGGCGCCGUGUUUGGACAUUCAGUCGAAACUCCCUUGAUCCGGGCGAGGGCCUCUGAAGACCUGAGACUGGAGUCUCCAACACGUACCCUGACCAUGGAGGCUCCCAGAGGGGUUGACGUGAGCGCUGCCCAGGGGCAGCUGAAGGUCAGCAGUCGCAAGGACCUACAGCUGGAGUCAACAGAGGGAGAGAUUCUUUUAGACGCCAACAACAUACAGCUAGGGAGCCUCCCGCUUGGUGUCUACACAGCCUCUCCCAGUCAGGCCUCCCAUGAGCAGGCAGUGUACGAGGUGUGCGUCUGCCCCAGUGGUAAGAUCUACCUCUCCCCUGCAGAGGGCAGCUCCACCUGCCAGGCUAUGAGCAACAUCUGCCUCUGGAGCUGACCUGGUUGACGGACUUUCUAACAUCUGCUCUGGAGCAAGCUGAGACUGAGGCUCCUCCCUUUAGAGCAGUUGAUGGAGUGGAACUCAUCUGGGAGGAGAUGGGAGCUCAGACUCUUCUGUGUCUGAGCUGUACAGAUUAUUAAAGAGGCAUCUAAGUCUGACACCAGCGGUGGUCUACUGAAGGUCAGGACUCACCACUGACAGUGUCAGAGGAACGGCAGUGAGAGCAGCUCUCUGAAAUCAGGAAUAUCGCAUACAAACAAGAGCAUUUCUACUAUCUUAUAUAUUGCAGCCAGGAGCUUUUAUUUUUCUACUCUCAAUUCACCGUAAACAUAAACACACACAGUCACUGUUUUUAGGUGUCAGAAAGUAGGAAAAGACAAAAACACAGGUGCCUUCUGCUGUGUCUGAAUCAAAGGUUAGGAAAGUUGUAAAGAUAGAAAGUGAAGUAAGCACAAUUCUGUCAUGUCUUUUGCCCCAGAUUGCAAAGUUUUCUGAUUAUUUUGAUCAUUCUCAACAGAUAUUUUUACUUUUAUCCACUGUAUUAGCAGCUGAUUUUGAAAUGAAACAUGUUCUUAUGUGGCACACAUUGUACUUGACUAUGAUAAAGACAAGUGAAAAGACA